AUGCCUUCCCUCAGGUCUGGGGCAAAUCCCCCAGCUCUCAGUUCCAGCCAACGAAGCCCCUAUCUUGACACCGAGGUCAAUCGACAGACAAGCAACUUGGGAAAUGAUAUCCCAAGCCCCUCGACAGCCAGCUCUGAUGAGUUAUCUUCGCACCAGACCGAUGAAUUCUCUCUCUCCGAGGACGAGGACGAAGACGAAAGUGAAGAGAACACAUCAGACAAUCCCCCUGAAAGAGCAACAUCCCACAACAAUAUCUCUUGCGAGUUUGCUGGCACUUGCCAGAUGGACAGGGAGGCCCAUACCCAUUACAGGAAGAUCAUCUCGCAUGUUUUCGGCAGAAACAAGUCUGCCACCAAGGUCUUCCCUGAAUAUGUCUGGGUCCACUACUGCCGCAAGCACUACCAGCGAGCAAGAUAUCGCGCAGGCCAAUGGCCUUUCACGCAGUGUGACCUCCUGAUCGAAUCUCUUUCUCGAAUGCAGGAGUGGGGUGGUGUUAAGAGCUUCCAACUCAUUCUACGUCGACGGGAGCAAGAGCGUCGCCAUAACACCAAUACUGACGGAGACCCUUCCGGAUCUACGACGAGUUCCCCUCGCUCUCCAUCUGGCACUGGUCCAGCUGCGAAAUCGUCGCCUAUUGGCCGUAGGAAUCCAACAGCUGUGACUGCUCCUGUUCCAGACUGGCUUCUGGAACGACUCGGAUCUAACCUGACCUUUAAUGAUAUUCGAGAAAUCAUCCGCCAAAUUCGUCAAAAUAUGGAAGGCCUUCAGAGGAGCAACAACGAAGCGGAAGAGGAGUCUGCCGAAGAUACUCAAUCCGACAAAGCCUCAAAGACAAAGAAAGGCAAAGCUCGCCGUGGCAGUUCCACUUCUACUUCCAAGCGCGCGAACAACGAGGUUCGAUUCCCCGACAUUGAGAUUAUUCCUAUAUUUGAGCAGUGGGCAUUGGAAGAUCACAAUAUUUCACGCAAGCAGAAGAAGAACGACAAGGAGAAUGAUAAUUCUUCGCAGAAGUCAAAGACUAAGCCUUCGACCUCGAGCAAGAAGCGCCUUACGCCUCGACGGAAGCGAGUUUCAACAGCUAGGACUACUCCGAGUUCUCAUCAACGCUUGGAUCGCGUUAAUGAGCAUGGUGGGGUAAAGAAGCCCUCUACGACCAACGGCUCUAAUGCCAGCACCCGUGAGACCUACCAAAGGCCACCGAAUGGCAAUGGUAAACGCGAAGGGCCAUUGCGCAAAAGAUGA